AAAUUUUGCGUAUAAUUCGUGCCACAUCUGUCUGCAAAAAUGUAUUUUAUUUUCAUAUUUAAGGUCGCAAGAACAUCUAAGUUUACAGAAUAUUUACAAGAUGAUGUCAAUCCAGUUGAUACUCGCAGUCGUAGUGGUUGCCGCUGUGUGCGGAUCAGAUUCCGAUAAAUAUUAUGACACAAAGCCGGAUAACUAUGGUGCAAAGCCGGGUUAUUAUGAUACGAAGCCAGCUUAUAUUGACACGCAACCAGAGUGCUACAAAAAAGAUGGAUAUUGCGAACAUUUCACUUGUCGCAAAGGAUACGUGUGUGACCUGAAUAACUCUUAUGGCUGUCCAAAAGACGCAAAAUGUUGUCUUCCAGAUGAAUCGUACAACUCUUACCAAAAAACUUAUGGAGAUCACGAGGACUACCAAAAACCUUAUGGAGAUCACGUGGACUACCAAAAACCUUACGGAGAUAACUAUCCCCUUGUCAAAGGAGCACCAUUGUCUAUAUAUACGUCAGAUAGAACGAAUAAGGAAUUAGGCUCUUUGUUAUCAGAUAUAAAGUUUUAUAACGAUGGAGUAAGGGGAUACUCUGGCAAUAAGAGACCAAAAUGUUACACAAAGGGUGGAUAUUGUGAGAAUAGAAAAUGCCGCACAGGGUUCACAUGCGCCAAGAGGUACACAUACGGAUGUCCAAGUGGUACAAAAUGUUGUCUACGUGAUAACUUUUACAACAAACACCAGGGACAUAUUGGUAAAACAGGUAACGGAUACUGCACUAAUGGUGGAUGUCGAGCAGGAUAUAAUUAUUAUGACAACAGAGGGUAUUGCAAAUAUGGCAGCAGGUCUUACAAGUAUGAUUGCAAUUCUUAUACAGGAUGCUGUCUCCCACGCAACCCAUACAGCAGAUUGCAUUAUUACUGCACCAGUCAUAAAAGCUGUCCAAAGAAUUACUACUUUUAUAACAACAAUGGCUACUAUUAUUACAAUAGCAAGCACUACUACAACUGUCAACUUUACAAUGGAUGCUGUAUUCGUGGCGGCAAGUAG